CUUUCCCUGACCUGCCCAGCGACACUCCUGAAGUUCGAGUGAAGGAUGGCAGCAAAAUCCGCAACCUGAUGAGGUUUGCUUUAAGCCGUAUGGAGGAGAAAACAGCCUCCGUAGAUCAUCCAGGGCCUCUUGAAGGCUCAGAGUUUUUUUGUGCUAGCUUAGUGCACAGCGGCUGAAACCAACUUCACACAAGCAGGAGCUGCAUAUGCAAAACACGCAGUCAUGUUGGCUGUUCUGUUGACCAUUUUGUUUUUUAAUCAAGGGCUUUCAUUGGACAAUCGUGGGACGAGUUUCAUCACUGCAUUCCCCGAGAAUAUUGCUGUUUAUUAUGGAAAGACCUAUAACCUAUUCAAAAUCACUACCCUUCACCCAGACACUACGAUCAGUGUCACCUAUAUGGCCAACGGCAUCGUCAAAACUAACACAAGCCUUUCCGAAGGAAUCGUUUGGACUUUGAAUUUGACAAAGCAGGUUGAAGAAUCCCAGUUAAUGUCUUCCAAUAAGACGUUUCGAAUCACCAGUGAUAAAAACAUCACAGUGCUUUCUGUGAGUGGAUGGGAGGGGAGAUUCCAGUCUCACGUUGUCCAGCCUGAACAAAAUCUGGGAAAUGUGUAUCUUGUUCCCUCUCUGAAUUACAACAACAUAGUCAAGUCCUUUAACCUCAUGAUGACAUCGGAUGUCAGAUUCCUGAAUUUUAGGCUGAUGAUCAUCAAUGCAGUGGACAUGGUCAAAAGAGUAACCAUCAAACAGGUAAAUGAAAUGGGUCAGAGCCAAGAAGAGACUAUAACACUCAAUCCUUACAAUCUUUAUCAGAUUCAGAUUGAUGGGUUGGUGAGACAAAUCAACGCAGAGGACAAAGUGGCUGUGAUUCUGACCCAUCCUUGCUUUGACAGCAACAACUGCUCAUGCAACAUGAUUCUGAACCAGCUCCAACCCUAUGUGUCAAACAGUAAUAAUGACAGAUUCCUCGUGCCCCCCAUCUUCAGCGCCAGACAGCUACUUGUGGCAACAAAUGAACCCUUCCAAGUUUGUCAGAGUUGUUUUACACCUGAAACUGGUGUUUGGGUGCAAACUUCUUCAGACAUCCUGUCAUUAUUACAGAAUUUAAAGAACAACAUUUCAGUUAUUUCUACCACCAUCCAGGUUUCCCUCCGAUUAAUCAGUCCUGGACUUGUUCUAGAUCUCAUUCCGAUAAGCAAGUUCUCUGGCUGCUAUCUGGUAGAUUUAAAUUCCUCACGCAAUGCUGCCUUGGUUAUUGCUAAUACAUCCAGCACUGAUGCUGUGCGAAUGAAUGAUCAGAAGUUACCUACAAACAUCAUAUGGAGAGUUAUAAAUGGCACAGGAUACUCUUGUGCUCUAGUGGAGGGAGGAAGGAUAAGCACAAUCUGGCAUCCUUUUGCAAGGAUUGGUGUAUAUAUGAUAGAACGCUUGGACUCGAACAAUACCUAUGGGAGUGCAGCAACAAUUAUUAAUACAGACCCAGAUAAUGGCGGCUGUCUGCUGACUCCAGAGAUAUUUGUACUUGGUGAAGAUGAAAUGAACUGGUUCAAGUCCCGCGAGUACUGCAUGGAAAAUGCUGAUCAGUUUGCCAGGCUCAACAAUGAAAGCAGCCAGGCUAAGAUGACCUUAAACAUGACACGGAGGGAACCCACGGAGGGCUGGAUCAGUCUGCGCCGCAGCUUGUACACAACUGACUGGUACUGGAGAAACGAGGACACUUUCCCACCUAACGUGGACUUCACUUACUGGGAGAAUGGACAGCCUGACAAACCAGAGAAAGGCUUGUGCGCCUCCGUUUCCCUGGAUCCCAGCAAGAACUUCAAGUGGAGGAGUGCACGCUGCUGUUCUAAAAAGAAGCCUGUUUGCUAUAAAAGACCAAAAUACUUCACUUUAUGAGAUACCUUUAAACAACAAAUGUUUUUAUUAUAAGGCUUAUGAUUAAUUUUUUUGCUUUUUUAGGGAUCAUUAUAGAUUGGUUUGAUUUUAAUGCUCAACAUUUAUCUGUCUAUACAUAGUUUGGCUCCUAUAUUAUAGACUAGAUUUAGAAAAUGUUAUCUGGUGGGCAAUGUCAUAGAUCUAGCAAUAAUAUUUACAGUGAAAAGAAAACUUUGCAGGUUAAGUAUAACUUUUAAAUAUUAGCAUGUAACUUGAGAUGUAUUUUGAGCUGUAUCCAGACUCGGAUUAAAACUUAUUAUUAAAGAAUGUUAAUUGAA